GAUCCAGCAGGCGAAGGCUUCAGGGAGGCAAUUGAAAAUGAACACUUCCACCUGGAAGUGGCUUUGCCUCCAGAGAAGAUGGAUGGAGCUUGCAGCGGUGAUGAAAAGAAAAUCGAAAAGGAAGCCGACGCGCGUGCAAGUGCCAAGAAGCAACUAAAAUUUGAGGAACUGCAGUGCGACGUGUCCUUUGAAGAAGACAACAGGCAGGAAUGGACUUUCACACUGUACGACUUCGACAACAACGGCCGAGUCACGCGUGAGGACAUCACCAGCUUGCUUCAUACCAUCUAUGAGGUAGUCGACGCUUCGGUAAACCACUCUCCUAGCUCCAGUAAAACCUUGCGUGUGAAGCUUACUGUGGCCCCCGAUGGGAGUCAGAAGAAAAAAAGUAUUCUACUGAACCACACUGAUCUCCAAAGUUCAAGGCACCGAACGGAGAGCAAGGCCAACGAAGAAGUGAGGAGUUGUGAGAAGAAGCAGCGAGGGUCCCUCAGGAACCACCAUGCCGAUGUCAGGUCUGAACAGAACGGAUGCUACCGUCAUUGCGUCGAUGAAAACAUCGAGAGGAGAAACCACUAUUUGGAUCUUGCAGGAAUAGAGAACUAUACUUCAAAAUUUGGACCAGGAUCUCCACCCGCUGCUCAGAAACAUGACCCACCAAUCCGAGUGGCAAAUCAAACUAGAUCCCGUUCUCACGAACCGGAAAUCUUCCACGCGCACCAGCGGAAGACGCCAGCGGUGGACCCCGGCCAUGUCAGCCUAAUGGAAGCGUCCUACGCCAAGCUGGCAGAAAUCCAGCAGAGGCUGCGGAGUCAGGAUGCAAACAGGCACUUUGUGAAAUCGCCAAAGGCCCAGAGCAAAAACGUGGCUUCCGUUAAUGCCGGAAGGGCUGUAAGGAGUAAACCUGUUCCUGGGGCGUCUAUCCCGAUGACUUCCCCUACGGCGCGGGUGGGCCCAAACCUUCCUUAUCUCCCCAUGCAGUCGCAGCAGACUUACAAGAAACACAAGCAGAGGGCCAAGGAGGCUCACAAAAUGUGCAAAACCUUCCAGGCCCCGGGGACAGUUGUGGAGAAAGAGCACGUCAGGGACCUUCCCGCUGUCAUCUUGUACGAAGGCCAAGUCGGACAGAUGAUCCAGCGGCACGAACACCACCAUCACCACGAGCACCAUCAUCACUACCAUCACUUCUACCAGACAUGAGCCUGAGCCCCCUCCCUCAUCCGGUAGGGAUCAUCCCGUAUGAAGGAAGCCCCGUGCAGCGGUUCCCCCACAAGAGGGCGUCGUUCUUAAUUGACGUUGUGGCCGCACCGUUAAUA